AUGCUGACAUCGAAGUUGUAUCCCUGGCACCUGUUUAGAUCAACAUCCCCAAACUCCAGACAUAAGGAAAUGUUCAACAGAAGUCAACUCACCCCAGAAUAUUUUCUUCUUACUGGCCUCCCUGGGCUGGAGGCCUUUUACCCUUGGUUUAUCUUCCCAUUCUGCUCUAUAUAUCUUGUGGCCCUUGUGGGUAAUAGUCUGAUUCUGGCAGUGAUCAAGAACAGCCCCUCUCUGCACCAGCCAAUGUACCUAUUUCUUGCUAUGCUGGCCUUUGCAGAACUUGGUGUCUCUGUUUCUACACUGCCCACUGUGCUGGGCAUUUUCCUUCUUGGUGCCAGUGAGAUCUCUUUUGCAGCCUGCCUUUUACAGAUGUUCUCCAUACACUCCUUUUCCAUCAUGGAAUCAGGAGUCCUGCUGGCCAUGUCUGUGGACCGCUUUGUGGCCAUCUACAACCCAUUGCGGUACACUGCCAUCCUGACCCUGCCCCGAAUUGCUGGCACUGGUGCUGCUCUUGGACUGAAGAGUGUGGUGCUCAUGUUCCCACUGCCCUUUCUCCUGAUGCGUCUGCCCUUCUGUGGCCACAAGGUCCUCUCCCACUCCUACUGUCUUCACUCAGAUCUAAUCCAGCUCCCCUGUGGCAACACUCGGCCCAACAGCAUUCUGGGGCUCUGCAUUGUAACUUCCACUUUUGGUCUGGACUCACUGCUCAUCAUCAUUUCUUAUGUGCUGAUUCUCUACACAGUGCUGGGCAUUACCUCUGGGGAAGGUCGGCGGAAGGCCCCGAACACAUGUGUAUCACAUAUCUGUGCAGUCCUUGUAUACUAUGUACCCAUGAUCAGUGUGGCUCUGGUACAUCGCUUCAUGAAGCAUGCUGCACCUGCUGUCCGUCUGCUCCUGGCCAAUGUCUAUCUUCUGGUCCCUCCUCUGCUCAAUCCCAUCAUCUACAGUGUUAAGACUAAGCAGAUUCGCCAGGGACUAAUCCACCUCUUUCUUCAAAGAAAAUAA